GGGCAAUGCUCUGGCCCUCUCCGCUUGUUCAUGCUCCUUCAUCUCUAUUUUUUCAUUAUCUAGCAUAUCAACGGAUUCGACGCUGAAGUAUGGCAGCGCCUUUGUAUACCACCGCCUCUGGUCUUCUCUUUCACGCCGGAAAGAUCCUGGUCAUCACCGUCGGCUUACCAGCGCGAGGCAAGACGCAUAUAUCCAGAGCUUUAGAGCGAUACCUGCGAUGGAUGGGAGUCAAGACACAAGUCGUAUCCCUAGGAGACUAUCGAAGGAAGACUUUGGGAGGUGCUCAGCGGCUUCCGUCGGAUUACUUUACACUAGGCGAGAAAAGCCCUGAAACCAUCGCCCUUCGCAAAAAGGUCUCCGAUGGCUGCGAAAAGAUUAUAUGGGACUUCUUCGAGACUGGACAGGUCGUGAUCUACGAUGCGAAUAACGGGAGCCGAGCUGCCAGACAAGCAUUGGCUGAGAAAUUCGACAAAGCUGGGAUUCACGUCAUUAUUCUUGAAUCUCUAUGUGACAACAAAGAGAUCAUUGAGAACAAUAUUCGAAGUGUCAAGAUUUCUUCGCCAGACUAUCGUGGAUGGAACCCAGACAAGGCUGUACAAGACUACUAUACACGAAUUACUGACCACGAAAAGUACUACGAACCUGUCGAAGAGACGACGUGGCCGUAUAUUCGAAUUCUGAAUGUUGGAGAGAAGAUAAUGGUCAACAACAUCAAGGGCUAUCUUCAAUCUCGAAUUAUAUUCUUUCUUAUGAAUAUACACAACAGAUAUAGGACGAUCUACUUUGCUCGAUCCGGGCAAUCUUUAAUUGAACAUUCCUACAAGGCGGAUUCGGACUUGUCACCAGCCGGCUGGGAAUAUGCCGAGAAACUCAAAGACUUCGUCUUAAAGCGUCGAGCCAAGUCGCUUGAGCAGCGUGGUCUUGACCCAAACUCUUCCAGGCUUGUGAUCUGGACGUCGACGAGGCGCCGUGCCCAUCACACCGCCUGGCCAUUCCUAAAUAACCUUCAGCUGUCUCAUUCUCAUACUGUCGAAAGAAUACCAGGUACACCCGCCGAGCCAGCUCCUGGUCACCAUGCGAAAAAGUCGACAUCGGUAUAUGCGCCUGCGCUGAACGUCAAAGUCAUUGAAAAGCCGCAAAUGUCCGAGAUAAACCCUGGUAUUUGGGAUGGGCUGUCGCCUGACCAAGCUCGAAAAUACUACCCAGAAGAUUGGGAGCGCUUUGUCAAAGAUCCCUAUGCAUUUCGAGCUCCUAGGGCGGAGAGUUAUCAUGACCUUAGUGUACGACUAGAGCCUAUUCUUAUCGAGUUGGAGCGUGAGCAAGAGGACCUUCUUAUCAUUGGACAUGCCUCUGUCAUCCGCUGUCUACUAGCCUACCUAAUCGGUCUUCCCGCGUCAGAAAUCCCCGCAAUUGAAAUUGCAAGAGGAGACCUCCUCGAGGUAGUCCCAGCAUCCUACGGUGUUCACAGCACGGCAUUCCAUUUCUGGGACGGGCCAGGAAGACACGGCGGCGAAGACGCAGAUUAUAGCGAUGGUGACAACGAGAGCAACUUUUACGAAAAUUAUGCCGAGGAUACGAAAGGGAAACGAAAAGCGGCCCCAGAAUCGGGGAGCUUUGAAGCACUGCCUGUCGUGGACUGUGUAUAA